AUGGCGGUUUCCUACAGGUCCCGUCGCCGGUCGAGGCGCCUUAUGGCCAUCGCCGCCUUUCUCCUCCUCGCCCUGACCAUCUUCUUCAUCCUGCGCUCUGGUUCCUAUGUCGUCAGGAGUAGCUUCGACUGGAGCCAGCACGUCCACACCCACGCCGUGGCACCCUCUUCCAUGCACCCUCUGCCGGCCGGCCAACCGAAGAACCUGCCUCGCGUGCAGCACGACUUUGCACGAACCUCCGAUAUUGCCGACGAAGCCCACCUUGCCGCCGAUGCCCUAGCUGAACAAGUGAGGAAGGCCUUUCAGAAAUGCUGGGCGAGCUACAAGAAGUACGCCUGGCAGUUUGACGAGCUGGUUCCCGUCUCGGCUGCCGGGCGAAACACCUUUGGCGGAUGGGCUGCUACCCUCGUCGACUCUCUAGACACUCUCUGGAUCAUGGGUCUCGAGACUGAGUUUGACCAGGCCGUCGCCGUCGUUGCCCGCCUCGACUGGGCCAACACGACCGAAACCGCUGCCAACGUGUUUGAGACGACCAUCAGACACCUUGGCGGCAUGCUGAGCGCCUACGACCUGUCCAACGACGCGCGUCUCCUUUUUAAGGCUGUCGAGCUUGGUGACAUGCUCUACGCCUCCUUUGAUACUCCAAACCGCCUGCCACCUUUCUGGCUCGAUUUUGAAUUAGCCAAGCACGGCCGUCUCAUCGCCGGCACUUCGGACCCCUCAGCUUCUCCCUGCUCGCUGUCCCUCGAAUUCACUCGCCUCUCUCAGCUUACAGGCGACACAAAAUACUUUGAUGCCAUCGAGCGCGUCAAGCUCUUCCUGGGUCGCACCCAGCAUUCGAGCCGCCUACCGGGCAUGUGGCCGGCGCUGAUCAACUUUCGCGAAGAGACGGUCGAUGUGUACAACGAAUUUACUCUGGGAGCUCUGGCCGACUCUCUGUAUGAGUACCUCCCUAAGAUGUAUGCUCUGCUAGGGGGUCUCGACGCGUCCUACGAGAAGAUGUACCGCGACGCCAUGGACGUUGUCGAAUCAUACCUUCUCAUAAGGCCCAUGGUUCCAGACGGAGCUGACAUCUUGUUCGUGGGCACCGCUUUUGUGGACGAACCUGGCAAGGUGCGACGCAACCCCGAAACGCAGCACCUGACGUGCUUUGUUGGUGGCAUGUUUGCGCUCGGUGGCAAGCUGUUUGGCAUCCCUGAGCACGUGUCCAUAGGCAAGCGUCUCGCCAGAGGAUGUGCUUGGGGCUAUUCCGCGUUCCCCACGGGCAUCAUGCCCGAGAUUUUUGGCGUCGUUCCCUGUAAGUCGCUUGAGGGAUGUCAAUGGGACGAAGCGAAGUGGCGCGAUAACCUCCGAGACGACCAGCCCGCGCCUGGUUUGCCAAAAGGCUUCACCCAUGCCCGCGAUCCGCGGUAUAUCCUGCGACCAGAGGCCAUUGAAAGUGUCUUUUUGCUGUACCGCAUGACAGGCGAUGCCGAGUGGAGGCGUCUAGGGCAACAAAUGUUCGUGGCUAUCGACAAGGCCACGAAAACCGAGUUCGCCUACUCAGCCAUUGCUGACGUGAUGGUGAACGGCGACACCCAGAAGCUGGACUCAAUGGAGGUAGGAGUACUAUGA